GUAUCACGGGGUAGGAUAUAAUUUGCCAAACCUGUGUAGCGGUGGCAAACCGGAAUUGCCAAUCGGAAAUAGAAGAAGCGAGGGUAGGGUUUGUGGGGUUGAGAUAGAAGACGAUAUGGGGGCGAGCAGCGAUCAUCUUCCUGUUCAGGACGGGUCGGACGAACAGCAGAGGCGUGCGGAGAUAUACACAUACGAGGCACCAUGGCACAUCUAUGCAAUGAAUUGGAGCGUGCGGAAGGAUAAGAACUACCGACUCGCCAUUGCCAGCCUGCUGGAACAGUACCCCAACCGCGUCGAGAUUGUACAGCUGGACGACUCCAACGGAGAGAUCCGCUCCGAUCCUAACCUCUCCUUCGAGCACCCCUACCCUCCCACUAAAGCCAUUUUCAUCCCCGACAAGGAAUGCCAGAAGCCUGACCUCCUCGCCACCUCCAGCGACUACCUACGGAUCUGGCGUGUCGCCGAAGACGGCUCGCGCGUUGAGAGCAAAAGCGUCCUCAAUAACAAUCGCAACAGCGAGUUUUCCGGUCCAUUGACCUCCUUCGACUGGAACGAGGCGGAGCCUAAGCGGAUAGGCACUUCCAGCAUCGACACCACCUGCACCAUAUGGGACAUCGAUAGGGAGACAGUAGACACCCAACUCAUCGCGCACGACAAGGAGGUGUACGACAUCGCCUGGGGAGGGGUCGGCGUGUUCGCAUCUGUCUCCGCCGACGGCUCCGUUAGAGUGUUUGACCUCCGCGACAAGGAGCACUCCACCAUCAUAUACGAGAGCUCCGAGCCGGACACACCUCUCGUCCGCCUGGGUUGGAACAAACAGGACCCCAGGUACAUGGCCACCAUCAUCAUGGACAGCUCCAAGGUCGUGGUGCUUGACAUCAGAUUCCCAACGCUGCCAGUGGUGGAGCUGCAGAGGCACCAGGCUGGCGUGAAUGCCAUUGCGUGGGCGCCGCACAGCUCAUGCCACAUCUGCACAGCUGGCGAUGACUCCCAGGCACUCAUCUGGGACCUGUCCUCCAUGGGUCCGCCAAUUGCAGAGGGGGGGUUGGAUCCAAUCCUGGCUUAUACCGCUGGUGCUGAGAUUGAACAGCUUCAGUGGUCUUCAUCCCAGCCUGAUUGGGUUGCUAUUGCCUUCUCUAACAAGCUUCAGAUUCUAAGAGUGUGAGUGACGUAAACGUCAAUUCAAACUGAUCAUCUGAUGAUGGUGCUGAUCAUCUGUCUUCUUAGGCACAAAUUUAUGUUGGCCUCAAGUCAUUGCAUUGCAUCGUGCUUUGUUUUAAUCUGACUAGAGAGGAGGAAAUGCUGCACUUUAUUUGCAUUGCAUUUUUCUUUGAUUUAAUCAGACUAGAGAGAAAGGAAUUAUGUACUUUGUCUGCCUGUCUGCCUAGUUGUUGUGGUUAUUAUCUGGCUGAGAACCUUAGGUGUGGGGGGUUCUAGGGGCUUAUUACAGAAUUUGUAUGAGACCUUCAAAUAAAGAUAUUGCAAUUGGUAAGGUGCGUUAAUCACUUUCUUGCAGACUGACUUUUGUUAUACUACUUACAAUACAAUUGAUGAUUGGGGCAAGUAAGUCCAAUGGUUGGUGCCGCUGUGUUAGUAUCACAAGAGUGCACUGUUGGUUACUCCAGUGCUGCUGCUGUGUUUCUAUACCAUCACGAGUAUAGAAGCCACUCAAGUGACACACACAAACACACAUGCACAAAGAUGGGUAAAUAUAAAGGUUUGUGGUAUGCAUAUAUAGGUCCCGUACUUGCAAGUUUUCAUAUUGUAGCACAAUCCUCCAGAGUAGCCAUCCUAAUGUUUGUGUGGGUGUGGACCAGAUUCUGAAUUGGAAUGGUAUUGGGGCUGUCCGGUAUUUGCCCAAAACCGCACUUCCAAAAUUGGGCCUUUUCAUGUGUGCUUCCUUGGAAUGGGUUUUCAUGGAGCUCAAGUGGCAACUUCGAUGAGAGGUUACUAUGAAAAAAUGCAUAGAAUCUUUGUAAGUACUUGUGCCAAAGUUUCCUAAUCUGUCAAUUUGUUAUUAAAGUCCAAUUUAAUCACUAUCCGGCCGGUGUCGGAGGCUCUUAGGUAUGAAGUGUCAUUUUUUCAAAUUAAUUGAGUUUUGAA